AUAGUAGUAAUGGCCAAUGCUUACGAACAAGAAGACUUGAAAUACGUCACAGCUCCAGAGCUCCGUACUUGGAUCCAAUCCGGAUCUCAUACCGGUGCCGGUAAGGUUGGGGUAAUUGAUGUUCGUGAAUCUGACUUUGUAGGUGGCCACAUAAAGGGCGCGUACAAUUUCCCCGCCAAAAAGUUUUUAGAAUUAAUUUCUCAAGUGCAAGAACAGUUAAUAUCGGAUGAUAUUAACGAUGUAGUAUUUCAUUGUGUUCGUUCUAAUGGUCGUGGUCCAAGAAUUACUUUACAAUUUUUGAACGCCAUCAAAGAUUUUACAACUGAAAAUCAAGAGCACUUCGCCAAGGUGGGUGUUUGGGUGUUGAAGGGUGGAUUUGUGGCCUGGCAAGAAGAAUUCGGUAAGGAUAAUACUCUUACUGAAGAUUUUGAUGAAGAAAAAUGGGCUAAUAUAUAAUUUAUUUGCUUAGCAUAUAUAUUUUACUAUUGAAGAUGAUUGAAAAA